AUGCAGCUGCACAAGUGCCUCGCUCGCUCGUCCGCCAGCCCCGCAGGCUCUGAAGGCGCUCAAACCAGCGCUUUGCCUUGCUCUGGGAAGGUGGAACCGCCGAAGCCGUUUUGCGAGGCGCACUACGCCGAGUACGUCGCGCUCCGCACGCGCAAGGCGAUCGCCGCACGCGACGCCGCGACACUGCAAGGACUGGUCGACAACAUCAAGGGUAGCGAGGACCUCGGGGGCACGUACUCCCCCGUGCGCGAGGUGCGCAAGGACGCGACGGUCAUCCAGGUGUACCUUGAGUCGCUCGAGGUGGCUGUCGGAGCCGAUCAGGAGUUGAAGGAAAGGUUCUUGGCGGGCAAGGCGGAGGGAGAUCCUGGAGAGGAUAAGAGCCUGGAGGAACAGAAGGAAGUCGCCGAAGCGCUCUUGCGUUCGCUCGAGCAGAAGGAGACGCGCCUGCUUCGCGAGGAACAGACGAAGACGACACCCCUGGAAGCGUCUGGUAAACCCAAGAUGAAGACCGUCGAUGGAAAGCACGACCCGCCUCACACUAUCUCCGACGCCCACGUGGAGGCCUUGACGAACCCGUCUGCGUUUCGAUGCAAUGACCCCAAGCUUAGAAAGGAGCGUGAAAGUCGUCUCUGUUUCGUCCAUCGCAUUACAGCAAUCUCCAGCAAAGUCGGUUGCGUCACCGACGACAUUACAAUGGAAGCAGCUCGGGCCGCGGUCGUUCGACACAUGGCCGAGUGCCGGACCCUACCCGAGAAAGUCUUCUCCUUGAACACCGAGCUUGGACACACCGUACGGAGAUACUACAAGUGCGUCAACGACAUGAUGAAGAGCGCCAUGAAGCACCAGAACGCAUGUGCAUGUUGCUCGGCGUCCGAGUACACCGCAUACUUGAACGACCUGAGGGAGAAGAGAGACGCCGCAUCGCAUCUGCUCCUGCAGACUCUGAGUCCUUCGAUUCUCCAGAAGGCGUUGCCCGAAGGGACCGUCAAGGAACAUGCCCAUCUGUUGGUCAAGCACUUGGACAAAAUGGAUGCACGAAAGUCGGGAUGGGCGUUCGGAUGUUCAUUGGCUUUCGCUGCGGCAGCCUCUGUGGCCGGAGCUCCAGUGGCAGGCGCGUUGGGUGCUGCGGCAUUGGGCGGAUGGGCAGUGCGGAGGCUCCUUUGA